CCCCCCCCCCCACAUCCCCCCCUCGGCCGUUGGUGCCGAGCGCUGCUGCGGGACUACGCGGAGGCGCUGCGGGAGACGCUCGGUUGGGCGCGGCGCCGCCCGGUGUCGGCGGGAGCGGCGUUGGCGGCGUUGGGGGGAGCGGCGGCCGCCGCCGGUUCCGUCCCGGAUCGGCGUUCGUUCGACGCGGCGCUGCUGGACGCCGCCUCCGCUUUGCUGCUGCUGCCCCCGCAGACGCGGAACGCCGCGGCCGAACGCCACGUGCAGCAGCUGCAGCGCCGCCGGGACCGCGGGCAGCUCCGUUACCGGCACCUGGCGCUGCUGGCCGUGCUGUACGAGGAGCCGUACGACGGCGCCGUAGCGCUGUACCGGGCGCGGUGUCCUCACGUGCGGCCCCGCCGGGCGCGGCUGUGGGACGUGGGGUUCGCCGGGCGGUGGUGGGCGCUGGAAGCGCUGAGCCGGGACUGCGACGUCAACGACGAGGAGUUCGCCGCUCUGCCCGCCCCGCUCCGCCGAUUGCGGCCCGGGGAGCUCCGCAGCGACGGCACCGAACGGCUCCGGGAGCGCCGCGAGCGGCCCGCCGUGCUGCUGCCCCGGGACGGCGAUGCGGACUGA